AUGGAGGUCGCCAUUCCAGAGCUGUCGAAUGGUGUGUCCACGCCAGACGUGGCAGCUUUGGUAGAUCCCGAGGCGGUCGUUCAGUACCUGACCGAAGUACUUCAGGUGACACUGGGUGCUUUAAAAUCCGAUUUGGAGAGUGCUGGGAGCUUGCUAUCAGACACAAGGUACCACGAGACCGCGCAAAGAUGUUUGCGCUUCGCUUCCGAGCCACAAGUUGCGCUCUAUGUCCAGAAGGAUAUUUUCGCCAGCGACGAGACAAGCGAGGAUGCUGAAGGUGCCGGUGAGUCCCACCUGCUGUGUUUCGGAUUUGAGAUAUAUAUAUCUGACGGUACAUCCCAAACAGAGCCUAAGGUACAAUAUGUCUAUAUUCUCUCCAACGAGAUGUCCUCCGCCUCCACUACUGUCGCAUCAGUAGCCUUCAUCAAACGUCCCGCCCCAAUCGAUCCCGCCCUUCCGAUAGCUUCGCAGAUCCAAGUCAUGAAUCUGCCUGGUGUUUCUGCUCUUCACAAUCCGCAGGCGCAACAGGGGACGUCUAUGUCGCCCUACCAAAUCCUGCACCUGCUGCUCCAUCACGGUCUUAGCCCUUACUUCGAAGCCUAUACUCGCAACCAGGAGACAGCUCCUGGUGGCAAGCAAAGGAGUGAUGUGGAGGUCAAGACGGGCAUUCCGGGGACAAAGAAGAAAUUUGCUGAAUUGGAGCUGGGUUUGAUGCAUCUGCAGCAGAAUGUGGAGAUUCCGGUGUUGAGCCUGCCACUUCAUGAGGUCGUGCAGGCUGCAUUGAAGGAGGCCGAGGCAAAAGGCAUCAAGGCCACUGUGGAAUUGAUUCCCUCCUCUGUCUUGGACAACAGUGGCUUCACAAACAGCGUUCAAAACACUGUCAAUGGCUGGAUUCGAUCCAUCCAGACGAUCACAAAGAUGAGCAGAGAACCAGAUGGUGAAUCAGCAUCCUUGGAGAUAAACUUCUGGUUAGCUCUCGAAACUGCUCUGGAGGGUAUUGAGGUCCAGCUGGCAAGCGACGGGGUACGAUUGACCAUGGACAUUCUGCGCCACGCGAAGCGGUAUCAACCGACCCUCAGUUUCGUGGCGGACACUGGGCUGAAAGACGCCACGGAGUUGGUCCAGAAGUACAAUCAACUAAUGCGAGAUUUCCCACUGGAUGAGCUUUUGUCUGCCACUUCCCUACAGAAAGUGCAAGAGUCUCUUGGCUUGAUAUUCAAUCAUCUCAACAAAAAGCUGAAGAUUUGUCCGUAUCCCAUCAAGCGCGCUCUUUCCCUUGUUGAAGCUAUUUCUGGUGAUCUGAACAAAAAGAUUCACGAGCUUAUCAAGGGUACCGAAAUUCUGCAUUUGGAUUACCGAGAAUUCCGUUCUUUGAUGAAGACGACCCAAGCUAUCUGGCGCAGCUGGGAUGAGAACCUCAAGGAAUUCACAAAUGUCGCCCGUGAUUCAACCAGACGUCGCAACGAGAAAUUUAUUCCAAUCAAGAUCAACAAUCGGCAUGAGAGGACUCGUGAGCGGUUAAAGUAUAUCGAUACUUUCCGAGUCAAUCAUGAGCAGCUUCAGAAGACCAUCAUUAAUGUCCUUGGAUCAAAAGACUCUUCAUACACAGAGGCCGGCGCUGGCGUCGACUCCGAAGAGCCCGUAAUUGUGGAGGAAAUUGGUGAUGUCGAUGCGGUCGAAGAAGUAUCUCACGCCUACGCUGCUCUCAAGCAUGUUGACGUAAUGGAUGUCUCUCGAGAAGGGUCUCGAACCUGGGAGCAGGCUGAGAUUGCCUACAGUGAACGUACUUCUCGCGUUGAAAACUCCAUUAUUGCUCGUCUUCGUGAUCGACUUGCAACAGCCAAGAAUGCCAACGAGAUGUUCCGUGUCUUCUCCAAAUUUAAUGCCCUUCUCGUGCGGCCAAAGAUUCGAGGUGCUAUCGGUGAGUACCAGACACAGCUCAUUGACAAUGUCAAGCGGGACAUUUCAGCCCUUCAUGAGCGAUUCAAGCAGCAAUAUGGCCAUUCUGAAGCCCACGCCAUGGCCCAGCUUCGGGAUCUCCCCCCAAUUGCCGGCGCCAUCAUUUGGGCUCGACAGAUUGAGAAGCAGCUGGAUGGCUAUAUGCGGAAGGUAGAGAACGUUCUGGGAGAUGACUGGCACUUGCACACUGAAGGCCAGAAGCUCCAAGCUGAAAGCAACCUGUUCCGCAAGAAACUUGAUACUCGGCCUGUCUUUGAAUCCUGGCUUUAUGAUGUUCAACGACGGAAUAUCAGCAUUUCUGGCCGGCUUUUUAGUAUUACACGCAACCGUGCAGCUGGAAACACACUGGAGCUGACAGUCAACUUUGAUGCCCAGGUCAUUUCCUUGUUCAAGGAAGUGCGCAACCUCAUUUGGCUUAACUUCCAAGUCCCGCACGCUGUUAAUAAUAUCUCCCGUGAGGCCAAGCGAGUUUAUCCUUACGCUAUUAGCUUGAUGGAGAGUGUUCGAACUUUGCUGCAAACCUACCGCACGAUUGUCUCGAUGUCUGAUGUUGCCAUUCUUCUCAACGGCUACGUGAACGAUUCUCAGGCUCUGAUCCAGAAAGGUGUCCCCCUUCGCUGGGAAUCAUUUAUUCAUUCCUAUGAGCUCCACGUUAAGCAAUCCGCGAUGGCCAAUGGAGCUGUCGAUACUUCUAUGCCAAACCGUACCGAAAGCAAACAUGUUCUUUUUGUUCGUGAGUUUGCCGGCUCGGCAUCCGUCCUCCAGUCUAAAACAGCUGUGUUAUCCUCUAUCAACGAGAACAUUCAGAAAUCGAUUCACGAACUUAAGACUUGUUCCUACGACUCAACUGCUUUCAAACAACGCUUGGAUGCCAUUCAGAUUGCCGUUGAUAAGCUCAAUCUUGAGAACUAUGUGAACUUGGGCUUCUGGGUCUCGGAGCUCAAUGGAAAAAUUGAAGCCAUUCUUCUUGAGCGUCUUCACCGUGCUAUUCGCGAGUGGAUUGCCAUUUUCCAAGAAUCUCGCCGUGAGCAAACAUUUGCUUUUUCGUCUGGCGAGCCGCAGUCGACGAUGUAUAACAUUGAAUUCAAAGAACUAUUCCAUGAAAUUUCCAUGAAGAACCAGGUCCUUCACCUUGACCCUCCUCUUCAGUGGGCGCGUGCAAGCUGGUUGUCUCAUUUUGACGCAUGGCUGGGAGUUAUCUGCAACCUGGAGAAGAUCAAAGCCACCCGCUACCAAAUUUCGAUUGAGGUACAGAACGUUAGCCUAUCGGAGGCAUGUUUUGCUGAUCUCCCACGGCACUGCAGCGAGGAGCUCAGUCAGGUUUACGCUGUGGUUGGAGCCAGACUCAAGGAUGUUUCCGAGUACGUCGACAAAUGGUUACAGUUCCAAUCCCUCUGGGACCUGCAGUCUGAACAGGUCUAUGAGAUCCUCGGGGAUGACCUGUCCCAGUGGCUCCAGCUUCUCCAGGAGAUUCGGAAGAGUCGUGCCACGUUUGAUACUUCUGAAGUUAGCCGGUCUUUCGGUAACAUCAGAAUCGAUUACGAGCAGGUUCAGACCAGAGUCAAUGCCAAGUAUGAUCAAUGGCAGCACGAAAUUCUCCAGAAGUUUGGUGCUAAACUUGGCGGUCGUAUGCGAGAAAUCCAUUCGGAAAUAGCCUCCGCUCGCCGAGACCUCGAGGGUCAGACCCUAGAAGCCUCUUCUACAGCUCAUGCUGUCUCCUUCAUUACAAUCGUGCAACAAUGUAAACGUAAGACUCGUGUCUGGGAACCUGAGGUUGAUCUCUUUCGUCAGGGCCAAACCACCCUUUCCCGCCAACGCUAUCAAUUUCCCAAUGACUGGCUUCAUGUUGAAAAUGUCGAUGGCGAAUGGGCGGCCCUGAAUGAGCUGCUCGCCCGCAAGAGCAAGAUUGUGCACGACCAAACCGAGGGGUUACGUGCAAAGAUCACCGCCGAGGACCGUGUCAUCAAUGGCAAGAUCACCGAAGUUAUUUCCCAGUGGAAUGAUGAGAAGCCCGUUUCUGGCACUAUUCCCCCAGAUGAAGCAUCUCGCAUGCUGAGCUCUUUCCAGUCUCGUCUCGAAUCCCUCCAAUCUGAAUUCGAGAUGGUCUCUAAAGCUAAGGAGGCCCUUGAUCUUCCUGCUAGUUCCGAGUCUUCUCUGCCCGCCAUACUCGAAGAAGUCCAAGACUUCAUGUCUGUUUGGGCUGCGUUAUCUACAAUCUGGAAGAGUCUAAACGACCUGCGUGAUGGUUUGUGGACCAGCGUGCAACCCAGAAAGCUCAGACAAGCACUCGAUGGUUUGAUCAAGAUGACAAAGGAAAUGCCGAGUCGAAUGAGACAAUACGCUGCGUUUGAGCACAUCCAAAACGUUUUGCGACAGCUUCUCAAAGUCAACUCUCUCCUUUCCGAUAUGAAGUCAGAGGCUGUCAAGGAACGUCACUGGCAAAAGAUUUACAAGUCUCUCAAGCCUGGGAAGAGAUUCUCCCUCAUCUCACUCACUCUGGGUGAUGUCUGGGAUUUACAACUUGUGGCCAGCGAAAAUGUUAUUCGCGACAUCAUCGCUCAGGCUCAGGGUGAGAUGGCACUGGAGGAGUUCUUGAAGUCAGUUCGUGAAACCUGGCAGAACUACUCGCUGGAUCUAGUCAACUACCAGAACAAGUGCCGUCUUAUCCGUGGCUUUGAUGAUCUGUUUGCUAAAUGUAGUGAAAACUUGAACUCACUCCAAGCCAUGAGGCAUUCCCCAUACUACAAGGAGUUUGAGGAAGAAGCUACGGCAUGGGAGGACAAACUGAACCGUGUGCAUGUCUUGUUCGAUGUUUGGAUCGAUGUCCAGAGACAAUGGGUCUAUCUAGAGGGUGUAUUUACGGGGAAUGCUGACAUCAAACACCUUCUUCCUCUAGAAUCGAGCCGCUUCCAGAAUAUCAAUUCGGAGUUCUUUGCUGUUAUGAAAAAGGUCUACAAAUCUCCGUUUGUUUUGGACGUUCUUGCUAUCAAUGGCGUUCAAAAAUCCUUGGAAAGAUUGGCCGAACUACUCAACAAGAUCCAGAAGGCUCUUGGCGAAUACCUCGAGCGCGAGCGUGUUUCCUUCCCUCGCUUCUAUUUUGUUGGUGACGAGGACUUGUUGGAGAUUAUCGGCAACAGCAAUGAUAUCUUCCGAGUCGCCAAACACUUCAAGAAGAUGUUCGCCGGUCUAUCAGGCCUUUUGAUGGACGAUGACAACAACAUUGUUGGCUUUACUUCCAAGGAGGGAGAAGAAGUCCGACUGAAACGGGAGGUCAAUCUUGUCAAGACUCCUCGAAUCAACGAUUGGCUCUCGGCUUUGGAGAACAAUAUGAAAUUGACACUAGCAGAGCUACUUGCCGAAGCUAUUGAGCAGUUUGACACUCUCUACAACAAUACCGAGGUGGAUCGCACUGCAUUCAGUGACUUCCUAGCAAAUUAUCCUGCUCAGAUCGUUGUCUUGGCCAGCCAAGUGGUAUGGACCAAUGCAGUGCAGAAGUCCCUGGAAGAUGGCGGUAGCAAUCUUCAGUCGUUGUAUGACUCUGAAGUCAGGAUACUCGAAUUGCUCGCUGCCACUGUGCUCGGAGAGCUCGAUGCUAUUACCCGCAAGAAGUGCGAGCACAUGAUUACGGAGUUUGUGCAUCAACGCGAUACCAUCUCCAAGCUCAUCCAGUUCAAUGCCACCACUCCAACUCAUCACCUGUGGCUACUGCAAAUGCGUUAUGUAUACCUACCCGAGGGAGACUUUUUACAGCGCCUUUAUGUUCAUAUGGCCAAUGCGAAGCUUAACUAUGGUUUCGAAUAUCUGGGCGUGCCCGAGCGCCUGGUUCGUACGCCUCUUACGGAUCGUUGUUUCCUCACUCUCACUCAAGCUCUAUGUCAGCGACUUGGUGGUUCUCCUUAUGGUCCUGCAGGUACCGGAAAGACCGAAUCAGUCAAGGCACUGGGUCUUCAGCUUGGCCGUUUCACCUUGGUAUUCUGCUGCGAUGACACUUUCGACUUCCAAGCUAUGGGUCGUAUUUUCCUCGGCAUCUGCCAAGUCGGUGCCUGGGGUUGCUUUGACGAGUUCAAUCGUCUCGAGGAAAGAAUCUUGUCUGCAGUUUCUCAGCAGAUUCAAAAUAUCCAGAUCGGUCUGCGCAAGGGCGAAGAGGACGACAAAUCUCAGAUUGAGUUGGUCGGUCGGCGGUUGGCCGUCAAUUCAAACACUGGCAUCUUCAUAACCAUGAAUCCUGGUUAUGCCGGUCGUUCAAACUUGCCAGACAACCUGAAGAAGCUGUUCCGCAGUGUUGCCAUGUCCAAACCCGACAAGGAGCUUAUUACCGAAGUCAUGCUUUUCUCUCAAGGUUUCAAGCAAGCCAAACCUUUGUCGAAGCAAACUGUGCCUUUCUUCGAUCACUGUGCCUCUCAACUAUCUAAGCAAGCGCAUUAUGACUUUGGCCUUCGUGCCUUGAAAAGUGUACUUGUCAGUUCUGGAGGCCUCAAGCGCGCCCGCCUUGCCAACUCCAAUGGAGAUCUCGGCCCAGACGAGAUCAUUGAGCCACAGAUCAUCGUCCAAAGCUUGCGAGAGACAAUCGCCCCCAAGUUGGUCAAGGAGGAUGUUAGCCGAAUGCUGGAAAUCCAAUUGCAAGACUUCCCUGGCGUCGAGUAUGUCCCCGCCAACUAUGAGAAGCUUACUCAGGCUAUUCGGGAUAUUGCCCAUGAGCAACACUUUGUGGACAGCGAUAUGUGGAUUACCAAAGCUCUUCAACUGUAUCAGAUCCAGAGUAUUCAUCAUGGUGUCAUGAUGGUUGGUAAAUCCGGAUCUGGAAAGUCUUCUGCUUGGAAGAUAUUGCUUCAAGCCAUGCAGCGCAUUGAGGGUGUCGAAGGCGUCUCUCACAUUAUUGACUCCAAAGUCAUGUCCAAAGAAGCUCUCUACGGCAAUCUGGACAACACUACUCGUGAAUGGACCGAUGGUCUUUUCACUGGUAUUCUGCGUAAGAUUGUCGACAACCUUCGUGGAGAAGACAGCAAGCGCCACUGGAUUGUGUUCGAUGGUGAUGUCGAUCCUGAGUGGGUUGAGAACUUGAACAGUGUUCUAGAUGACAAUAAGCUCCUGACUCUGCCUAAUGGAGAGCGUCUUAAUCUUCCUCCAAAUGUCCGCAUCAUGUUUGAAGUCGAGACUCUGAAGUACGCAACGCUUGCCACCGUCAGUCGUUGCGGUAUGGUGUGGUUUAAUGCCGAUACUGUUACUCCUUCUAUGAUGAUCAACAACUAUGUUGAAGGCCUUAAGACCCAGACAUUCGAAGAUUUAGACGAUGAUAGCGCUCCUGCUGGAUCGGCUGUGGUCAAGACUCAAGAUACUCAGGACAUGCUUUCCACCGUCCUCAAGCAGCACUUGGAGACCGACGACCUUGUUCUCAAAGCUCUUGACGAGGCCAAAAAUUACAACCACAUCAUGGAUUUCACGGACAUCCGUGCUCUCAACACCUUGUUCAGCCUGCUCAAUAAAGCUUGCCGUAAUGUGUUGGAAUAUAAUAUCCAACAUGUUGACUUCCCUCUUGACUCGGAGCAAAUUGAAUCGUAUAUCUCCAAAAAGCUUCUGCUAACGUUGGUCUGGUCUUUCACUGGCGAUUGCCCGCUUACUGACCGCAAGGCAUUUGGCCAAUUUGUGACUGGCAUGACAACGAUUGAUCUUCCACCAGAGGGCGACUCGUCUCUCAUCGACUAUGAUGUUACUCUGCCUAAAUCUGAAUGGGUUAGCUGGCAAUCGCAGGUCCCGACAAUUGACAUCAAUACACACUCUAUUACUCAAACCGAUGUGAUUAUUCCUACCGUGGAUACUGUUCGACACGAAGACGUGCUGUACUCCUGGCUGGCUGAGCACAAGCCGCUCCUACUUUGCGGUCCUCCUGGAUCUGGUAAAACCAUGACAUUGUUUGCUGCCCUGAGGAAACUGCCAAAUAUGGAGGUCGUCGGUCUCAAUUUUUCCAGUGCUACUACUCCGGAUCUUUUGAUCAAGACAUUUGAGCAGUACUGCGAAUACAAGAAGACCCUCAAUGGUGUCGUUAUGUCUCCUAACCAGAUUGGUCGUUGGCUUGUCAUCUUCUGUGAUGAAAUCAAUCUUCCCGCCCCCGAUCGCUACGGAACACAGAGAGCAAUCUCAUUCUUGCGUCAGCUUGUCGAGCAGAAUGGUUUCUGGCGGACCUCUGACAAGACCUGGGUCACUCUUGAUCGCAUUCAAUUUGUUGGCGCCUGUAAUCCUCCAACGGAUGCCGGUCGAACGCCCAUGGCCGAGAGAUUUUUGCGUCAUGCUCCUCUUAUCAUGGUUGACUACCCCGGCGAGAUCUCUCUCAACCAGAUCUAUGGUACCUUUAACUCUGCGGUUCUCAAGAUUCUGCCACUGCUUCGUGGAUACUCAGAAGCUCUUACCAAGGCUAUGGUUCAAUUCUAUCUUGAAUCUCAAUCAAGAUUCACGCCUAAGAUUCAGCCACACUAUGUCUAUUCUCCCCGUGAGCUUACUCGCUGGGUUCGUGGCCUCUAUGAGGCUAUCAAGCCCCUUGAGACCUUGUCCAUUGAGGGUCUUGUCCGAAUUUGGGCACACGAGGCUCUGCGUCUAUUCCAGGAUCGUCUGGUUGCUGAAGAUGAGAGGGCUUGGACAGCUGAUGCUGUUCGCCGCAUUGCGCUCGAGCAUUUCCCAAAUAUUGAUGAUCAAGAGGCUUUGAAGGGCCCAAUCCUGUUCUCCAACUGGUUGUCCAAAAACUAUGUGCCAGUUGAACAGGAACAUCUCCGCGAAUUCGUGAAAGCACGUCUGAAGACUUUCUGCGAAGAAGAAGUCGACGUCCCUCUUGUGCUGUUCAAUGAUGUCCUCGAGCACGCCUUGCGCAUUGACCGAGUAUUCCGCCAACCUCAAGGCCAUUUGAUCCUUAUUGGUGUGAGUGGCAGUGGAAAGACUACUCUCUCUCGCUUUGUCGCUUGGAUGAAUGGUUUGAAGGUCUUCCAAAUCAAAGUGCACGGCAAAUACUCAUCCGAAGACUUUGACGAUGAUCUACGGAGUGUCCUUCGUCGUGCUGGCUGCAAGGGUGAGAAGAUUUGCUUUAUCAUGGACGAGGCCAAUGUUCUUGACUCAGGGUUCUUGGAGCGGAUGAACACGCUACUCGCCAACGCUGAAGUGCCUGGUCUCUUCGAGGGUGAUGAAUUCUCUUCGUUGAUGACUGCUUGUAAAGAAGGUGCGCAGCGUCAAGGUCUGCUGCUGGACUCUCAAGAAGAACUCUACAAGUGGUUCACACAGCAAAUCGUCAAGAACCUGCACGUUGUGUUUACCAUGAACCCACCUGAGGAGGGCCUGUCUUCAAAGGCCGCAACCAGUCCUGCUCUCUUCAAUCGUUGUGUUCUCAAUUGGAUGGGUGACUGGUCUGAUCAAGCCCUUUUCCAGGUUGGCUCAGAGCUCACUCAAUCGGUGGAUCUCGACAAGUCGAACUUUGUGUCUCCUGAUAGCAUUCCGGUUGCUUACCGCGAGUUGACGUUGCCGGCGACUCACAGAGACACUGUCAUCAAUUCUAUGGUUUACAUUCACCAUUCUCUUCACCGAUUCAACCAACGCUUGCAGAAGCAACAAGGCCGAGCUACAUUCCUUACUCCUCGCCACUACCUAGACUUUGUCGCUCAAUAUGUCAAACUGUUCAAUGAAAAGCGCGAAGAUCUUGAGGAGCAACAACGCCAUUUGAAUGUUGGUCUCGAGAAGCUCCGUGACACUGUCGAUAAAGUCAGUGAUCUUCGGGCUAGCCUGGCUCAGAAGAAGACACAGUUGGAGAAAAAGGACACCGAAGCCAAUGAGAAGCUGCAGCGCAUGGUUGCCGAUCAACAAGAGGCAGAACAGCGGAAACAGGUCUCCCUGGAGGUCCAGGCUGCUUUGGAGAAGCAAGAGAAGGAAGUCGCAACGCGUAAGGAGGUGGUCCUGAAUGAUUUGGCGCGGGCUGAGCCUGCAGUGUUGGAAGCCCAGAAAAGUGUCAGCAACAUCAAACGUCAGCAUCUUACCGAGGUCCGUUCAAUGGGCAACCCUCCAGCUAGUGUCCGACUUGCUUUGGAAGCCGUUUGCACACUUCUUGGUCACAAGGUCGACAGCUGGAAGACAAUUCAGGGUAUUAUUCGCCGUGAGGACUUCAUCGCUAGUAUUGUGAACUACGACAAUGAGCGCCAUAUGACUCGCAACCACCGUGUCAAGAUGCAGAACGAGUUCCUAUCGAAGGAAGACUUUACCUAUGAGCGUGUGAACCGCGCUAGUAAAGCAUGUGGUCCCUUGGUCCAGUGGGUCGAGGCCCAAGUCAACUACUCCGAAAUUCUGGAUCGCGUUGGACCCCUGCGUGAGGAAGUUGAUCAGCUCGAAGAGCAAGCCUUGCAAACCAAGGCCGAGGCCCAGGCCAUCGAGAACACCAUUCAAGGCCUGGAAAGCAGUAUUGCCACAUACAAAGCCGAAUACGCCGCUCUUAUCAGCGAAACCCAAGCCAUUAAGACUGAGAUGUCCCGUGUCCAAUUCAAGGUUGAUCGCAGUGUACGUUUGCUCGAUAGUUUGGCGUCCGAGCGCGAGCGUUGGGAGGAGGGCAGCAAGUCUUUCGAAACCCAGAUCAGCACCCUGGUUGGCGAUGUUCUAAUUGCGGCCGCAUUCCUUGCUUAUGCUGGUUUGUAUGAUCAACAAUUCCGUAAGGCGAUGGUUGAUGACUGGGUGCACCAGCUGGCUCAGUCUGGUAUCACCUUCAAACCACACAAUCCCAUCACGGAAUAUCUGUCCAAUGCCGAUGAACGCCUGACCUGGCAAGGAAAUUCUCUACCUGUUGACGAUCUCUGCACGGAGAACGCUAUCAUUUUGAAGCGAUUUAACAGAUAUCCCCUCAUCGUUGACCCAUCUGGCCGGGUGACGGAAUUCCUUCAAAAAGAGAGCAAAGAUAGAAAGCUUACUGUCACCAGCUUUUUAGACGACUCAUUUGUCAAGCAGCUUGAAAGUGCCUUGCGGUUCGGCAAUCCCAUCCUUAUUCAGGACGCAGAGCACCUAGACCCCAUUCUCAACCAUGUGCUCAACAAGGAAUACCAAAAGACGGGCGGGCGUGUUCUGAUCCAACUUGGAAAGCAAGAAAUUGACUUCUCGCCGUCAUUCAAGCUUUUCUUAUCAACAAGAGAUCCUUCUGCCUCCUUCCCUCCGGACAUUUGCAGUCGAACGACGUUUGUCAACUUUACAGUUACUCAGAGCAGUUUACAAACUCAGUCGCUGAAUGAUGUUCUGAAGUUCGAGCGUCCAGAUGUUGAUGAACGUCGUAACAACUUGGUCAAGAUGCAAGGAGAAUUCAAGGUUCACCUUCGGCAGCUUGAGAAGCGUCUCUUGCAGGCGCUGAACGAGUCUCGUGGCAACAUUCUUGACGAUGAUAAUGUCAUUGAAACUCUAGAGACUCUCAAGAAGGAAGCUGCUGAAAUCUCCAAAAAGAUGUCCGAGACUGAAGGCGUUAUGUCAGAGGUGGAGAGCAUUACACGCCAGUACAGCAUCAUUGCCCGAGCCUGCAGUGCUGUUUUCGCGGUCCUGGAGCAGCUUCACCACAUGAACCAUUUCUAUCAAUUCUCCCUGCAGUACUUUGUUGAUAUCUUCAAUUCGGUUCUUUAUCAGAAUAAGCGACUUGCCCAAGAAAAGGAUCAUUCUAGCCGGGUACAGAUCAUCAUUCGAGACCUAUUUAUCACAACCUAUCAACGAACCUCGCUAGGUCUCGUUCAGAAGGACCGCAUAACCUUAGCGAUCCUUUUGGCUCAAGCCACCCCAUUCCCAAUGGAUAGAGCUAUUCUGGAUCGUAUUUUGGACCAGUCUGUUGAAGACGCCGAUCUGUCGAGCACUGGAGAUGCCCGCGAGCAAGUGACGAACAGACUUCUUAAUAUGUCGCUUUUCAAGGACUAUGUCCCGAAUAUCUCCGAGGACCAGUGGGAUCGCUUCUUUGGUGAGGAGCUUGCUGAAAAUGUCGUUCCCAUCGUCUGGGAUGAGAAUACCUCUAAGCUGGAUCAGCUACUUCGGUCCCUGCUCCUCAUCAAGCUCUGCCGCAUGGAUCGAUUUGUACCAACUGCUGAGCGCUUCAUCGAAGCUGUCUUCGGCCGUGAACUCUUUGAAGGCAGCAGUGAUCUUAAGGACGUGGUUGACCAGGUCACAGCCACCACUCCGAUUGCCCUUAGCUCCAGCCCAGGCUUCGACGCCAGUUACAAGGUCGAUGCGUUGGUGGAGCGCACCCACGCAACUUGUGCCAAUAUUGCAAUGGGUUCGAACGAAGGUCUCGAGAGCGCCGACAAGGCCAUCAGCAACGCGGCUGCGUCUGGUAACUGGGUGCUGGUCAAGAACGUUCAUCUGGCACCUUCGUGGCUUCAGAGCUUGGAAAAGAGACUAGAUUCCCUCAAGCCUCACAAGGAAUUCCGACUCUUCUUGUCUAUGGAGUCUAGCCCCAAGAUUCCGGUCAACUUGAUUCGCGCUUCCCGAGUGUUGAUGUUCGAGCAGCCUGCCGGUGUUCGUGCCAAUAUGAAGGACUCCCUGUCCUCGUUAAGCAAUCGUGCAAGCAGGGCUCCUGUCGAAAAGGCUCGCGUGUACCUCCUCCUUUGCUUCCUUCACGCCGUGGUGCAGGAGCGCCUGCGCUAUGCCCCCAGCUUGGGAUGGAAGGGCUUCUGGGAAUUUAACGACAGCGAUUACGAAUGCUCGGCGUUCAUAAUCGACUACUGGGUUGACACUGUCGCCCAAGGUAGGUCCAAUGUGGCUCCGCAAAAGCUUCCUUGGGACAUGAUUCGCACCCUUAUUGCCGAGAUGUACGGCGGCAAGAUCGACGAUGCUGCCGACUUCCAGCAGCUGGAGGGUCUUGUGAAUAAAUUUAUCACCCCCGCCGCUUUUGAGGACGAUUACAAGCUUGUCUCUGGUGUUGAGAAGGACAACCUCUUGACGCUUCCCACUAGCACUAGUACUCGCGACUUCAUCAGCUGGGUCAACAACCUUCCCGAGCGUGAGCCGCCCACUUACCUGGGUCUUCCAGCCAAUGCCGAGAAGUUGCUGCUGGUUGGCCAUGGACGCAAGAUGAUCUCCGACUUGUCCCGUGUGACAACCCUUUUGGAUGAAGGCGAGCAGCUGAUGGUGGAUAACUAA